AUGGCGAAGGACCUGGACGAGCUCUUGGACGAGGUGGAGUCCAAGUUCUGCCGACCAGACCCGCUGAGACCGGGCCUGGCGGAGCGGCCCGGCGGCGGCGGCGGCGGCCUGAGCCACGACCGCAGCCGAGCGGAGGCGGAAGAGAAGCUCAGAUCAACAGAAAGAUUUAAAAAAGAAGAUGAUCUUGACAGUCUUAUUAAUGAAAUAUUUGAAGAUCCCAACUUUGAUAAAAAAUCCUUUAAAUUAAAAUCUAAAUCUUCAGGUAACACGUCUGUCAGAGCUUCCAUUCAAGGCCUCAGUAAAAGUUGCAGCCCCGUGUACCUUGGUGGAAGCGCUGCUCCGUGUGGAAUUGGAACAGCUACUUCACAGAGAUCAUGUGACCAUCUGCGUUGUACAGCGUGUGAUUUCUGGGUAGUAAGCUAUGAUGACUAUAUGUGGGACAAAUCAUGCGAUUAUCUGUUUUUCAGGAACAACAUGCCAGAAUUCCACAAAUUAAAAACAAAGUUGGUGAAGAAGAAAGGAGCGCGGGCGUAUGCCUGCCAGUGCAGCUGGAGAACUGUUGUGGAGCUGACUGACCUGCAGACGGACCAUGAGCUGCGUUGGGUUUGUGGCUUCAACCAAAACAGUGUCUGA